CUUACACAAGGCGACUACGUUGGAAGUUGUGUAAGGAGCGAAAAAAACAUAAUAUAAACAGCAGUCCCGCAUCAUUUUGCGUAUUUUUCAAUCAAGUCACCUAUUGGAAACAUGAGGAGCGUGGAGAUGAGGGUGUGGUGGGCGUGUCUUCUCUUUUUGGGGCUGUCUGGUCUCUCUCAAGCUCAGCCCAUGUUCUCUGUUACCACGGACACAGUUCUUGCUCUGCAUGCUCUUCACAACCCCACUCAACUGAAUUAUGGGAUGGCGGUGACGGAUGUGGAUGGAGACGGGGAUCUGGAGGUGGUGGUGGCCGGGUAUAAUGGUCCAAACUUAGUUCUGAAGUACGACCGUACUCAGAACAAGCUGAUGAACAUUGCCGUGGACGACCGCAGUUCUCCAUAUUACACCCUGAGAGACCUGCAGGGAAACGCCAUCGGCGUGACAGCCUGUGAUGUGGAUGGAGACGGCAGGGAGGAGGUUUAUUUCCUCAACACCAACAAUGCAUACUCAGGUCAGGCAACAUACGCAGACAAAUUGUUCAAGUUCCGUAACGGUCGUUUUGAGGAUCUGCUCAGUGAUGACAUCAACGUGCGAAGAGGAGUAGCCAAUCGCAUGGCAGGGCGCUCAGUUGCUUGUGUUGACAGAAAGGGUACAGGUCGAUACUCUGUUUAUGUGGCGAACUAUGCCAGUGGUAACGUGGGGCCGCACGCACUGAUAGAGAUGGAUGAAGCUGCCAGUGAUGUGGAGAAGGGCGUCAUUGCGCUGUCUGAUGUUGCACCGCAAGCCAACGUCAACAAACACACAGGUGGGCGUGGCGUGGUUAUCGGUCCAAUCCUCAGCGAAACAAGAUCAGACAUUUUUUGCGACAAUGAAAAUGGACCCAACUUCCUGUUCCAAAACAACGGUGAUGGAACUUUCAAAGAUGUCGCCGCAGAGGCUGGAGUUGAAGACGGGUAUCAGCAUGGCAGAGGUGUGGCACUCGCUGACUUUAACGGUGAUGGAAAGACGGACAUCGUUUAUGGUAACUGGAACGGUCCACAUCGACUCUACCUGCAGGACAAACAACAGAGAUUCAAGAACAUCGCCACUCAGGCCUUCGCGUCUCCAUCACCCAUUCGUACCGUCAUCGCUGCCGACUUUGACAACGAUCUCCAGCUUGAGGUCUUCUUCAAUAACAUUGCAUACAGAGGAAACGCCCCCAACAGAAUCUUCAGGGUGUCAAGGAAACAUAAUUCUGACCCUGAGAUCACUGAGCUGGAUGUGGGCGACGCCUCUGAGCCUCAGGGACGCGGCACAGGUGCCACAGUCACAGACUUUGAUGGUGAUGGGCUGUUGGAUUUGUUGGUCGCUCACGGUGAGAGCGCGUCACAACCGAUCUCUGUGUUUAAGGUUAAUCAGGGCUCCAGUAAUAAGUGGUUGCGUGUGGUUCCGCGCACUCGUUUCGGGGCGUACGCUCGUGGAGCAAAGGUGGUGAUGUACACGAAACACAGCGGCGCACACAUGCGCAUCAUUGACGGAGGGUCGGGAUACUUGUGCGAGAUGGAGCCUGUGGCUCACUUCGGAUUAGGAAGUGAUGAGGCCACCAGCAUUGCAGUCUAUUGGCCGGAUGGUCGUUCCAUGGUCCGGCCGCUCGAGUCUGCUGAUAUGAACACGGUUAUUGAGAUUGCAUACCCUAAUGCAGGGGAGGAGUCAGCGCUCACAUCUGACGCACAGGUAUGGAUGCUUGCAAAUGAAGAGGAGGAGUCAAUUCACACAUUACACAGGCAGUGUGGAGAGGGAUUUACGGUGAAUAUAAACGGCCGCUGUGUUGUGACAGCCUGAGUAUUCUCAACUGGAUCUGUUUUAAUACAUCUGAGCUGUGUAGUUAUAUGUGUGAAGUUACAGACCAAACAAACAAGUGUUCAAACUGAAAAUCUACAACACUUAAAUUCACAUUCAUUCAUUUUCAAGUUCACCAAACAGCUAAACAUUUGAUUACUAGAUGUACAAAUGCCCACAUGAAACACAUGAGUGUUUUUUAUGUAUUUAUAUUAACUUAUGUUGUCCAAUUUCUGUUUAAUAAAAAUAAAGUCACACCCAGCA